UUCAGCAUGUUUUAACAGACUGCAAUCAGAUAAUUGUUGUAAAGAAAAUUUACGUUCAUGAUUCCUGAAAUAAAAAUUUUAUUUGCAUUUAUGCAAUAAAUCUGCGUGUAUUAUCAAGCAUCAAGAGUGAAAAAGUAGAAGUUUUAAUUCAGCUGCAAGUUGUAAUUUGUAAAUUGUAAUUCAACAUACAUACUUGUCCAGGAGCAAUAUGGAGUGGAUGUGUACCAGAGAACUAUAAAAGACACCAAGAAACGGAACAUAUUCCAGCAAAGGAAGAUGUUUCAAGAAAGUGUCUUUCUGGUAUUGGACAAAAGCAAUGGAUCCUCUGGAAGCACGUUUUCUAAAGAUACACGAUCUCUAGAAGAAGCAGAUUGCUAUAAAGAAUUUGUAUUACAACCUUAUCCACGAAAUGGACUAAAUAUGUUUUGCAAUGCUUCGUGGGACGGAGUCUCUUGCUGGCCAACUACCCCAGCUGGAAGCUUGGUUAGCGUUCCGUGUUUUGCAGAAUUGAACGGAGUGAAAUACGAUACUAGCAGCAAUGCCAGUCGUUUCUGUCAAGAAAAUGGUACUUGGUCACCUUGGUCAAACUAUCGUUCAUGCAAACCUCUAAGAAUACAAGAAGACGAGUUUUUGCAGGUAUUAUGGGAUAUGAAAGAGGCAGCUACUAUUUAUUACGUUGGCUAUGGAAUUUCUCUCAUUGCUCUUACGUUUGCUCUCUUCAUAUUCUUCCGUUUUAAGGAACUCAAAUGUUUACGUAACACGAUUCACACGAAUUUGAUGGUGACGUACUUGCUUAUUGACAUAACGUGGAUACUGACGGCCACUUUGCAAUCUCAUCAAAACCCGACGACAGCCAAGAUGGCCUGUUUCUUGGUCAUUUUGUUAACAUACUUAAUGGCGACAAACUUCUUUUGGAUGCUUGUUGAAGGAUUGUACCUCUACAUGCAAGUGGUUAAGACAUUUUCCACUGACAGCGUUAAAUUUAAGACGUACGUCGUCAUUGGAUGGGGCAUUCCAGCUAUUGUAGCUGCCGCUUGGGCUGUGGUAAAAGGAGUAGCAGGUGGUUCACCUGAUGAACCUUUUGCACAAAGAGGGUGUCCAUGGCAGAAUAAAGAUUAUUACGAUUACGUCUUCAGCUGUCCAGUGAUGUUAGUAUUACUGAUUAACAUCUUUUUUCUCGCCAAAAUAAUGUGGGUACUUAUCACAAAAUUGAGAGUUUCCAGUACCGCUGAAUCCAGGCAAUACAGAAAGGCUGCGAAGGCUUUAUUGGUGUUAAUUCCUCUUCUUGGUGUGACAUACAUCGUUGUUAUAGCCACACCUAGCGAGCCUGUAGCUGAAGUUGUUUUUAUUUACAUACAAGCCACUUUGCUUUCAAUGCAGGGUUUCAUGGUUGCUGUUCUUUACUGCUUCCUUAAUGCUGAGGUGCAAAAUUCUGUGAAACAUUAUCUAGAGACAUGGAGAACCCAAAAGUCUAUCAGCAAAGCCCAACGUCAGUCUAUUCGCAAAUCGUCACAAAUAAAUAGAAAAAGUAUAGUCGUGUACCGAUCAAAGUCUGCUGGCGACAGCUGUGUUAGUUUUGCAUCUACUACAGAAGCAUCUGGCAUUAGUAUACCAAACCUGCCAUCAAGAGCCAAACGUAUUUGCUCUCUGGACCUUGCUCGGAAUCGCGAAGAUGUAUUGUAAAAAAAUUAAAAUGCUUUAAUAGAAGCAAUAGUAAAAAAAUGUUACGGUUUCACUUUAUUGAUGUAAAUACGGCACUCCAAAGCAUGAAACUCGAAAAAUUCUCUCAGACUCAUUAAAAAAAAUUAUAAAAUUC